AUGGUCCUCUCCCUCAAGGAGGUCCUUGAACAGGUUCGCAGCGACAAGAUCAAGGACCGCCAACAAGGCAUCGAGGCGCUCGAACACAUCUUUGCCGACUCCGAACAUGUCCUCAGGAUCGACUCGGAACAAGAUGGAAAGCCAUGGCUCAAGAUCUUUCAAGCCGUGUUUGCCUGCGUGCUCGCCGACAAGGCGGCAUGCAUCAAGAAAGGAUCGCUGGCCGACGCCCAGCCCAUCGCUCUCUCCAGACUCCAGCGCAGCGCUCAACUGCUUCGCUCGCUCGUCGACAAGGCCGCUCCUCUUCUCACACGCAAAGUAGUCAAAGCUCUCGUAACCCACAUCGUCCAAAUGGUCAACCAUCGCGGUUCCCUUUUACGACCUAUUGCGUCAGCAUACAUGUCGGCCCUCUGCGCUAUCCUCAAGCAACAGCACCACGUCGACCAUCUUGACCCUGACGACUGGCAGCACAUCACCUCUCUCUGCUUCGACGUCCUCCUCGGGCGCGAGCUCGACGCUCCGCCCUCCACUCCAGAUCCCACAGAAUGGCUUGCCUCCGUCGCUACCGCUUCCGACUCGGCCGGCCAACGACGCGGUCUCAGCCUCGAGGAUGCCGUUACAGCAGAAUGCCUUCGUCACCUCAUGGCAAGCACGGUCGCACCACUGCUGGGUCCUGAAGGACUUGGCCUCUCGCUUCUCGCCGACUACACCCGCUUCUUUAUCGUCUUCCCUGUCGAGUCAUCGGCUCACUUGCCCGCCAUGAGUGGGUUCGUCACUGUGCUGGAGCAUAUCGAACUCAACCACACAAAACAAGUUGCCGACGCGGCUCUGGCGCUACGCCAAGUGAUUCUGGCACUCUGGAAGACCAAGAGCCAUCUGCUCAAAGUGCAGCUGCUCCUCUUCCUUCGCAUUUCCAUCCCAAUCAUCGCCUCUUGCGCAAGUGGGCAGUCCGAAGUGGCCUCGCCACAGAGCUCCGUCCACAAGAGCGCGUUCGCAGCGGAGGCGUUUGCAUUCCUCGAGCUCGUUCACGAAGCCUUUCUCCGCGAUCCUGACACACGCUGGGCUCUCGAGCCCAUCCGAAUGGAUGAGCUCGUCUUCUGUUGGCCGCAGCAGGACCGAUCCGGGCAAUCUCGACCAGUAUCGCCCUUCAGCAAUCCCGCUUUCUACCUCGCACCACAUUCGAAUGGUCAAGGCUCCAUCGCGUGGUGCCGCAUCUCUCUACAGGUCGACAUCAUCGACGCACUCACAACGCUGGAAUCUGCGCAUCAAAGCAAUCGCAGUCCCACUCCCACGCCUUCGGGACGGGAAGGAACAAACGAGCCACAGCAAAGCAUGGGGAUCAGUCACCGUCCUGCUCUGCGUGUAAGAUCAUCGAAUGGGAAGCGAGGAAGCGACUCUCUCCCGUCCAGUCCUCAAAAGCGCCGACGAACGGAUCUGGCGACCGACGCGGACAGUCACCAGCAGGGUGCAUGGUUGCGACAGCUAGUCGAGAUGAUCUCACCGACCGCCUCGACGCCCAAUUUUGGUGCCUCUGCGAAGCUCGGCGCUCUUCAGCUGCUCACAUUCCUCUUGCUGAUUCGACCUGACCUCAUCGAGAGCGCAACGCUCGUCGAGGCUCGACAAGGGCUGCUCGCACUGGCCACGGACACAGAUAGCCUCCUCGUGUCGUGGAGCCUGGUUGGUCUGGGUGCUAUCGUGCUCGCAUUGACGUCAGCCGGCGUCAAAGACAGUGGCGUCGGCAUCCUGUCGGCGGAUUCGAGCCUGCACGCGUGGGGCAUCGCUGUACGAAAGCUGCAAUUUCCGGACACCUGCCGCGCCUCUGCGUUCCUACUAAACAUCAUGCUAGCGACAGCUGUCCUGUCGGAGGACACUCUGCAGCCAGAAGUUUCACGGCUGGUGGCAGAGGUCGAUCUGCAAGGGCCGCCGGUGCUGUGCGACAGCGUGUGUCACUUGAUGACCAUGCUUGUGCAACGCACCACUUCGAGUCGUGUCUAUCAGCAUCUUGAUUCUCGCAGGAAGGUGGGAGCAUGGUUUGCAAGCUCAUUUUCACCCGACGACGCUCUUCAGGCGUCGUCCCUGAGCGCUAGCUCAAGACCAUCAGCCCUCCUAUUGUCGUAUCAGGAUCUGUAUCGCCUCGUGAACCACAUCAUCGCCGAUGGAGCAUCCGACUGCGUUGAAGCACCCCAUACCACCAUGCUCGGUGACGAUGUGGCGGAUCUCCUCCGGCGACGAUGGCGUUUGCAGCCCCUGCGCGAUCUGACACUUCGGUCUUGCACUUCCUCUACGUCGACCGCCGAGAAGGGAGAUCACAGCAACACGGAUCCCAUCCGACCAUCGCUGCUCUUGAUAGAACCUGCCAACCGGAUGCUGAUCGCCCUCGACAGGAAGCUCGACGCUUGCCUCGGGAUGCUCCAUUCCGCCGACGCCGAAGUUGGUGCAGUGCCUGCUGUCCCAUAUUACGCUGCAAUUGCGGUCAUCCAUGCAGCUCUUCUCACUAUCGAUGUCGGGGCGCAGGCAACCUCCCAAAGCAGCUCGCAACGUACAGCCAGAGUCAAGCGCUGCUGCCAACUCAUCCUCCAAAUUGUCGAUCUCACAUCCGCGGGAGGUAUGUCGGCACGAGAGCGCAGUCUGGUCCUUCAGCAACUCGGCUUCCUUGAUCCCCUCGACGGCUCUGCGACGUACGACGACGACGAUGACACCAGACCCGCCGCGUUGCUCACGUCUCCCAGCAAGGCGAGCGGCAUUGCAGCAGUGCCCGCAAGCCGCGAAGAGGUUUCGAAGCCAACUCCGCUGUCAAGAACAAGUGACAGAGUCAAGCAGGCCUGGACAGUCAUCCGAGAAGCCGACAUGCUCGAGGUGAUGCUAUCGCGCUGUGAGGAGUUGCUCGAAGACAUCUUGUGCGGCGACGAGGGCUCCGAUCCAAAGUCGGCCACGAUCGCCGAGUCCAGCAGUCGCGACGCGUUUGACGACAUGCAAGAAAGCAGCGCUUCCAGCAAUCUUCGCACCAAGGCCACGACUUUAGGCUCCGACAUCUCGACCGAAGCCAGAGACACUAUCGUUGGGAUCCUAGUCCAUGUGCUCGCGGGUGUUCCGCGAAUGCUGACAGAAAGCGCGGACUCAAAGCGAGAUGAGGUGGUUGUCGCCUUGUUCUUCGAUUGUCCGGUCGAAUCGAUGAUUCCAUUGGCGCCCGUGCUUUUUGACUUGCUGCAUCGAGAUACUUUAUGGAUGAGCCAGCGCGACCUCGUGGAUGCGCUCGAUCGGCUCGGCACGGAUCUACUCACUCCGUAUCGAUACGCAAGAGUCCCAGCUGCCCGCAUCGCUGCCGUACGCGCGAUCACCGCUGUCGUCCCUCUGCUCCUCGAGAGCUUCGACGAGCAGUCGGAUUUGUUCGACAAAGUACAGAAGCUGGGUGCCUUCUUCGCCGAUCAGAUCGGACGAACCAAAUGGCCAACGCCGUGGCAGAUCCAAUUAGCCUGCGCUGACUUUCUGGCGGUGUGCCUGAAGAUGGAUCCGGACGGCUGCCUGCGUCGAUCGGGCAGUGCACGAGCGAGCGCCUUCGCGCCAGCGCCAUCCCUCCUUGCCAUCACCACAGACGCUGACGUACGCGUGCGAGCUCUUGGCUCCCCCGUCGCAGCUUGCGUCUUCGAAGCGUCAUCGUCUGACGAAGAGCAGAUGUCGCAGCUCUAUACUAGCUUUCGCGAUGGGUUGCCGAGCGAUCCAACGAUCCCACAGCACAUUCUGACGCGAGCUUUGAGCUUGGCCAACGUCGCUAUUGCCAACUCAGCCGUCCGCAGAUCGGCACUUUUUCACCUGCUCGAAAUUGUGCUGGCGACGAACAUGCUGCAUGCCACUGUGCAGCACUUGUUUGCGCAGGUUGCGAACAGACUCGGCUUCCCCGACUCCUCGAGCUGCUAUCAAGCGUUUGCUGGUCAAAUCACUUGGGGCAUGGCCACGAACAAUUAUGACCCGUUGCAGGUGCCCUGGAAAGUGCUCGGCUUCGCAAGCAAGCGUGAUUGCCUGGAGGCGACAUUUACUGCUAGCGGCAGCAUGCUUCUCGCCGCUCAGACGAAGGAAGGUCGCACGCAGUUUGAUGCGCUCGUUCAAUUGACCAAGCGAACGCAGCAGCAGGGGUUGCAGGAGUGCCUGCCUUUCCUGACAGCAGCUUAUCUCGGUUUCGCUGUGCAUGCAGCUCAGCAGCAAGGAUCGCUGGAUCCGACGGUCGUCAGUCAGCAGACGUUGCACGAGCUGUCUUUGCUCGGCUUUGCAGAGAGUGACACUCACAGUGUGCUGCGAGACAUGAUCAUGACCGUGGACGAUCUUGUUGUGGUCUCUCUCCUGGGACUCUACUUCGAGCCAGCAAGCACUUUGACGGAGAGUCGACGAGCUGCCGUUGAAGCCUUGACUCAGCACAAUGUCAAGAACGGCAAGAUUCUGGCAAGCUUGACGCCGAUUCCGGAGUCCUGUGACCUCGUCUUGCACGAACCGAGCCGACCGUUCUUCGCGAGUGCCGUCGUCUGCGCAGCCUUGUCCGUCCUGCCAUGCCUGGGCAUCGAGCCUUUCCGCAAAGAGGUGGUCUACAACGUGCUUCGCCACACCCUGCAUCAGAUCGCAUCUUCCCGGUUCCACAACGACCAGCUGCGCAUGUGUGCAGCCCUGCGUAUCUACAUCGCAAUGUGUGGCGACAGCUUCUGGGCGGACGAUCUCAAUGCGCGUACCUUGAUCAAGAGCAUCGAGCUGCUCCUGGGUCAGGGACACCUUCGUGACGAAUUUCGGCCUAUCUCGAUGUACGCCUGCCUUCACUCUACUCUCGCCAAGCAUGCUCCCGAGGUGCUCGUCUCGUGCGUUGUCACUUGGUCCGCAGAGGUGGCGGAAAAGCUCGCCGAAGCGCCGGCCUCAGGAGACUGGCUUCUCGAAUCUGCUCGUGCCAUCGCCAAGACUUCGCCCAUAGCUACAUCUGCUACGGUCCUCCUAUGGCCUGUCAAGCUCUCGUCGACAGAGCAUAGUGCCAUCGAGAGCUUGAUUGAUCUUGAUACGGUCGCAUUUGCGAUGGAAGCUUGUCCGCGCGUCUGUCUGCACCUCGCCUCGCUUCAGCGGAUCCGAAGCGUCCUCCGGAAGGCGGAUAAAGUAAAACUCGAGGCAUUCUGCCAUGGAUCAGCGCGGAAGCUGCUGGAGCGUAUGACUGAGUCUCACGCGGCGGGGGCGGCACGCACAGGCAAUGAUUCGUGGAGCGACGUCGUGAGCGAUAUCUUCGCCCGGAUCGCGAGCGCUGGCGAAUUGACGCAGUUGCAGCCGAAUCAGCCUCGACUCCGUCAAGAUGGCAAAGACUACGGGCGAUCUACAGAAGCGUUCCUGGCGACUGUCGACACGGGCCAGACCACCGGGCUGUCUGCGGCGGUGGUUCUCACAAUUCAUGACCUGGCCAGCGCCCUGCCCCUCGAAUCAAGCUACCAGGCCUUUGAGACGCUGCGCGGCAUUGCAACCGUGGUCGCAGUCCCUCUGACAAGUCUACACGCCGCUAAGGUGCCAUCAGCCAUCCGAGAGGAGCUCGACCGCAUUCGGCCCAGCAUCGCCUCAAGUCACCUCAGCGUUGUAGCUGCACCACCCGCUCUACUCGACCCAUCCUUGAUGCAUGACCGCGUGUCAUCGGAUCGCUGGAUCUGCCGCAUCUCAGCACAUCUGUGCGAGAUGAUCUGCAGCUUUGAUCAGCGGAGCAUCCUGCGCCCAGUAAGGCACUUCGUAGCGACAAAUUCCGCGGCAGCCAAGUCGCUGUUCCAUAUACUCCUUCUCUGGCUCACUGUCACUGAUCUCGAGCCAGCAGCGGGUGUAUCGUCCUCGAAUACCAGGAAAGGGUCCAAAGCAAGGCGGUCCGACAUACAAGAACAGGCGCGCUCGCUGGAAUCGUGCCGGAAAGCGGUCGCGACCCACUUCGAACAAGUGCUUCAAACAAACGCUUCCGACCCGGCCUGCAGCGCCACCAUCGUGCAAGCGCUCCUGGCGCUCCGAUCGUUCCGCCCGGUACCAGCGGAGCCGGAUAAGGUCUGCUUCUGGUAUCCCGUCGACACUUGUCUGCUGGCGAAGCGGUGCAUCGCCUGUGGCCUCUACUCUGCGGCCAUCUUCUUCGUCGAGCACGGCGUCUGGGAGGAAGAGCAGUCACAGGCGUCGUCCACGUCGCAAACAAGAACUCGAACCGAGUUGCUGCAUCAGGCGUACAUGAACAUCGACGACCCUGACGCCUUCUACGGAAUCAAAGAUGGAGACGUACGAGAGCUGCUGCUGAAGCGUCUGCAUCAUGAGGGACAGUGGCUUCGCGCUUUCCAAUAUCAUGGAGCAGACUAUGAAGCAUCGGCUUCCGACGGCCAGACUCCGAGCGGCCGACAAGCAAGCGCCCUCGGGCAGAGUCUCUCGUUGCUGGGUUUCCGACACCUCGUCGAAGGCGUUUCUCCGGCGUCAGAAACCCGCGAGGAACCCAGCCAGCCGACCGCCGACCGCCUCGGAUCCGGCAUUACCACCUGGGACCUUCCUACAAACUCCAGCUCAGCACUCGUGGGAGGCAACAGCGUCGAGCUGGUCCUCAAGACUCUGCGGCAAGCAAGUGUCGAACAGAACGUGGACGGCGUCUUGUCCCAGGCGGUCCAGUCUCAGCUCAAGUCAUUCUGCUCGAUCCCUGCGGAGAGCAUCGCCGCCAAACGCAGGCUUCGAGGCGAGCUGCUUGCCCUCGGACAGAUCAAAGAUUGGCGCAAGGCAUCGGGGGCACUGGGCCCGGAAGAAGCUGUGGCGCAUCUUCGGUCGAUCUGGACACAAGCGGAUGAUGGCAACCGUUUCGAGGUCACGGAGAAGGUCCUCAACACCCGUCAAGCUGUACUGGAGGCAGCAAGGCAGCGGAUGCAAUCGCACCAGAUCGGCGACGUACUCGACGGCCCAGCUGAACAAGUGGCACGGGCGGAGCGACUGCUGCUCGUCCAACUCAGUCGCCACUCCCGCGAGCACGAAAAGCUUCAAAAGGCUAUCAACGCUACUGCACGAGCGGAACGGAUCGAAAGCGCCUUGGGCGAUGGUGCCAACUUGGCCCGCGAGGAGUUUGCAGCGGUCUUGUGGGACCAGAAGGAGCAUCCACCUGCGAUCCAGCUUCUCUCGCAGAUCGUGGAUCAUCUCGCCGUUACAACUCAAGCUUCUGCACAGCAGAGGCGUCGAGGCGCUCGCUUGUUAGCCCUGCUGGCUCAAUGGCGAGCGACGGCCAGAUCGCAGCAUCCACGCGAGAUCGACCGCUCCCUCUUCGAGCCUGCUCUCAAAUUGAUUGCCACCCUUGGCGCUUCAGGUGCUGUUCAAGACCCUGCCGUAUCCGCCGAAGCCUCUGAGAUUGCGUACCGAUGGGCACGAUUUGCAGAGGAGCACCAUCGCAGCUCGGAUGCGGCGGAGAUCGUCCGUCUCCGCCGCUACAUUCAGAGCCGUGUCGGGGAGAUUGCCCAAAACCAGCGCGAGUGCGAGAGGACGACCUCCAAGACGGAAAAGAGCAAACUUCUUCAAUUUCAGCGUCAGGCCGAGAAGAUGCUGCGUCAAGAUGAGACUCGCCUAUCCGAGCUGGAAGCUUCGAGGACGCACUUCUUGCGCCGCAGCGUCGUCAUGUACGCCCGUGCAUUAAGCUCAACCGAUGCUCACGAUGAUGCUGUGGCUCGCCUCGUCUCGCUGUGGUUCGAGAACGCAGAUGACAUCGAGGUCAAUCGCCUACUGACAGGCUGUCUCUCUUCGAUUCCGUCUCGCAAGUUCGUCCCCCUCAUGCACCAGCUCUCCGCUCGUCUGACCGAGGUGCCUGACCAAAGCGAUACGAUGGCACCCUUUCAGAGGAAUCUCACCGAGCUGCUUCUGCGGAUGUGCCAAGACCACCCGUUCCACUGUCUCUACGCCGUAUUUGCCUUGAUCAAGACCGGUGCCGAUGCGAAGGCCGCCUCAAAUCGUCACGGCUCUGGAAGCUCGUUGAUCCCUCCGGAGAACUCGCCGCACUCGCAGUCACCUCCCAUUUUGCGAUCGGCUGCCGCUGAAAAGAUCUGGAAUCAGAUCAAGAGGCGGCCUUCGCUCUCGAAAAGGAUCAAGACGUUCGAGGAGCUGUGCUUAGCCUACGUCGAGUGGGCCGAGUUCGAUCUCGCUUCUCGCGCGGACCGGUACUUUCAGAACAGUGGCGCCAUCAAGAAGGGCGCCUUACGCAUGCCACCUUCCGGUGAGCUGCGGCUGGCACGCCUGCGAAACCUAGACGUUCCUGUGGCCACCGCUCGCCUCGACAUCGACCCGACUUGCAGGUACGAGAACUUUGUAUCCAUCGUUCGGUACAGCGAGACAUUCACGACGGCAGGAGGCAUUCAUCUGCCCAAGAUCAGCGAAUGCAUCGGGAGCGACGGCAAGCGAUACAAGCAGCUGUUCAAGCGAGACGACGAUCUACGACAGGACGCGGUCAUGCAACAGGUGUUUCGCAUGGUCAACGAGCUGCUGCAGGCGGAUCGACGCACACGCGAGCGCAAGCUGUCCAUCCGAACCUACACCGUCUUGCCAUUGGGCCCGCAGUGCGGGUUGCUCGAGUUCGUCGUCAACACGGUGCCGCUCGGCGAAGUGCUCAUUGCUUUGCAUGCCAGGUACCGACCUCACGACAUCACACCUAUGCAAGCAAGAAGCAAGAUUCGCGAAGCACAGCCUACGCCUGCUGAGGCCAAGCUGGAAGCCUUCCUGGAUGUAUGCGAGCAGAUGCGACCUGCUUUCCGCUACUUCUUCAGUGAUGCCCAACGCAUGCCGAGGGACUGGUACGAGACGCGGCUCAGGUACACACGCAGCGUCAGCACCAACUCGAUUGUUGGACAUGUUCUCGGCCUCGGCGAUCGCCACGUCUCGAACAUUCUGCUGGACACGGAGAGCGGAGAGUUGGUGCACAUCGACUUUGGCGUAGCGUUCGACCAAGGCAAACUGCUGCCGAUCCCGGAGUUGGUGCCGUUCAGGUUGACACGCGAUAUCGUCGACGGCAUGGGCAUCCACGGCGUCGAGGGCACGUUCCGGCGCUGCUGCGAAGAGACGCUCAGAGUGCUACGGGCACAUCAGGACGUUAUCAAGACGGUGCUCGAAGUGUUCCGCCACGAUCCUCUUUUCGCAUGGACAUCAAACCCCAUCAAGGUGCUCAGAGCACAGGAAGACGAGGAGAGCUCGCUGCCUGCAAUGAGCCUGGAGAGAUCAGGCACCACGGCAGGAACGUCGCGUUCGACACCAGCGCCAGCGCCUACAGCAGCAGCACGAGCACGGGUUUCGAGGUCGACUACUCCCUUUGCGAUGCCUGGCGAGGGCGCAGGUGUUGUAGGUACCGACACAGCCGAACUGAGUGCGGACCGAGCCGUCACCUCGGUGAUGAGCAAGCUGUCGUCGUCCCUCAGCAUCGAGUACACGGUCAACGAUUUGAUCCAGCAGGCCAUGGAUGCAGGCAAUCUGUCAGCCAUUUUUCACGGCUGGCAGGCUGCAUUGUAG